CCCUGUGCUUGGCUUAUAUCGUGAUGAUCUUCGACUCUUUUGUCCUCACAAACAGGAAGCAAAACCCGGUAAUUUUUUAAUUCUUUUUCGUGUUACUACCGUUAUUAUUAUUUGAUAUAAUAGUCAUGAAACCGUCCAUAGGAUGAGAGAAAUAGAAAAAAAGUGAUGAAAGCGCAUGUUUUUGCAUCUUGAUUUAACAGCUGUGGCUACAGUAUACGCUCUUUCAGAGGGCUAGCAUUGUUUUUCUGAAAGCAAUGUCUUUAAAAAUAUCAUCAUGCUUAUUGCAUGUUACUUUUCUUAAAGAUAAUUUUUUGUCUGUUUUCAUUCUUCAUAUUUUAAAUUUCUAUUUGUUUUCUUGACUUACGCCUCUAAAACACGAUUUAACAACGUUCAGCAUUUCUUGCUCAAAAAAAAAGAGAAAAGAAAAAAAGAAAAAACGGCGAGAGAUGUUGCAGCUUUUUGAAUGUCUAGGAAACAAACUCAACAUUUUUGAGUUUGACUUCGUUAUUCAACAAGUUGCAAUGGAAUAAUUAGUCCAUCCGCCCAUAUUAUCGUUCAACUUGGUUGAAUGGCCACUUUAACAUCGCGGCAGGACGACUGAGCUCAGUCGGUAGAGCACUUAACUGCAGAGCGGUACAAGGUCGCAGGUUCGAUCCCAUGGACCUAUACCCAUCAGUGAACUUUGAAAUGAAGGUACUGCCUUUGCUCUGCUGCAAACGGCAGGACCUUCGCCUGGCUCAGAUGACCACGAAAAAUGGCAGUCCGGUCUCCAGUGGGAAACGUAAAAAUAGUGUCCUCAAUUAGUACUUUCCUGCUAAACUGAUAUAGACUCUCCGAAAAGUGCGUUUUUUAACAUUAUUACACUGUUCAACAUUUUGACCAGGAGCUAGCGCAACAAGUAACAACCAGCCUGCUAACUAGGUUAACGCACAAAACCUACGAUUACCAUUGGACGAUCGCUCCAUUUCCAACGACGCAGCGACUAACACUCUAUAUUUCAGCUGAGUUUUGUACCUUGCGCUGUUAAGUUCAGGGGAGUUUACUGUUUAUGAAUGCAUGUAUUUUCUUUCUUACAGAAAUUAUGUUCAUUUAUGGCGGUUUUUCAGCAUUUUUCGCAUACCACCAUAUUUACGUGGAUGCUGGUGGAAGGAAUUCAUCUUUACGUCAAACUGGUGAAAGUAUUCUCGGUCCGGAAGCUUUACAUCACAUACGUCAUCAUCGGCUGGGGUAAUCAUGUCAAAAUUUCUUACUGCUAAAAACACACCAGCAACCUAGUUUCCAGGCUUCCUCCUGCUCAAUAGCCCACGUUCGGUAGAUUAAAAUUCUAACAUGACGCUCUUACAAACUGUUAAUUUUUCUCGAUCCUAUUGCUAGUUUUCAGCCGUCACGCCAUUCAAAAUAAAUCAAAAUAAAUAUUAAAACUGUUCAAUAGUUUAAGGCCAGAAUCUGGGAAAUGAUAGGAGGCAAAUAUGCCCACCUGGAUGGGCACCAACAUGGUGGACGGAAACCAACAGAAACAUCUGUUACCGAGUUUUGCUAAAAAAGCGUGAAUUGUUCCCUCGAGGAACUCAUAAAUAGUAAAGUAAUGCUUUUUCUAAUACAUUAACAGUUUAAAUAGCGAAAUUCCCCGAAAUAACUCACUUUUUUAACCUACAUGACAGCUCUCUCGGCCGUCACGUAAAAGCCGCGUCACGCAAAAGCUUAGAAAUUCAAGCAUGCUCUAACACAAAACCAAGAACGCUUUUGAAGUGAAAAUUUGUAUGAACAUUACUUUUCAGCUGUUGUAAUAUAACAUGAAAGUAAAUUCUCAGUAGGAUCGAUAGUUUUGUAGUUUGAAUUUCAGUGACGUCAUAGGAAAACCAACAAUCGUUUCUCAGAAGAGAUUUGAACACAAUGAAAACCAAACCAAAUACAGAAAUAAGACCAGAGCUGACCAGACCUCGAUUCAUAUUAAAACUCUGAUAUACCGAAAGAGGGAUAUUAAGGUGUGCGCGUUGACUGCGGUUAUCGAGUGGCCAUGGGCAACUUCGUGACAUCCGUCCCUAAGAAGAUCUUUCACUCGCUAGUUUCACUUCGUGACAAGAGAAGCGUCCUGGGGACGAAUUUGAUUGAAUCGACAGGCCAGUCUAUUGCGUGAUUUUAAUAGCCUCUUAGAUAAAAGAUUUUCUCUUUUUUCCCAAAUACAAAACACGAGUUCACCUACGAUUGCCUUCAUUAAUCCUAGCUAGUUAUUGAUAAAAUAAUUUUCGAACCCAAAUACAUGCAGCACAAAUACCUUAUACUCUACCACUUCCUUCGCCUGUUCGACUACUGUCGGCUUUAUGUAAAGUUUAAAUUCUGUGAUUUUUAUAUCAUCCAACUUUUGCGAACGUAAGCACCUCCCUCCUUUCAUAAACCUCUAACUGCAAAGUGUUAGUAUUGCCCCGGUCACCUGGGACCAUUCAAGAUGCAAAAACAAAAAGCCAGCUUUUAAUCUGUAACUGUUUCCAGGUUUUCCUGUGGUUAUCGUUGGGCUGAUAGCAGCCAUUAGGCCCCUGACAUAUGAUAUGUCUAAGACUUACUACAAAGAAGUCAUGUGCGGAACACUGAAACUUCCCGCGGAAAUUAUACGUACCAGGUUAGUUGAUAUGACCCAUUUAUGUGCAGGUUAGAGCAGAACCCUUUUUCUGCUCUCUUGUUUCACCCGUGCUCUCGCGGGUUAGGUGGUGCAGCCCUCUCUUCACAUAAUGCUCAAGAGAGUGGAUGAUUUCGUAAAUCGUCUAUUAAGCCCCCUCUUCACCUCUCAAGUAAGCCCCUUCUCUCUAAUAAGCCCUCCUUUUCAUGGGAAAAACAUUUAAUAAGUCCCCUCCCUCUCCUCCCCCUAUCAUUAUUCACUAAUAAUAGCUGUAUCAAUCUAUCACGACUGUAAAACUUCACGGGGACUGCAGAUCAGGGAUGGUUUAUUCACCAAAUAGAAGUUUGGAUUUGUUUUUGAUCCUCGGCUGCAUGAUCUCCAACUUUUUGUACUUGAGCUUUUCCUCUUUUUAUCCUAGUUCUUUAUGGAGAACUGACACCGUUGUCUGCUAAAUUAAAUAAGCCCCCCUCUCAAGUAAGCCUCCCGUCUCUAUUAACCCCCCCUCAAAUGUGUUUGAACUAAAUAAGCCCCCGGGGGGUAAUAGAGGAUUAACGGUAUGUAUAUGACGGUGCAGCUGAAUUGGUGACUCUUGUCCCAGUACUUCUGUUCUUUAUACUAUAAUAAAUCUUCAGUGUGUUUAUGAAAGCACACGUCAUAUAUAAGGGAUACAAAAAAGUGGAAAUUUUUUUUGAUUUUCAUAAGGUGUUGGCUCCACGAUGGCGAGUGGCUGUACAAAGCACCAAUCCUGACAAUCCUAUCGGUAAGCCGCGUCUUUUACUUUCAGCAAUACAUCUUGCAGUGUACCAGUAUUCGUUUAGUUUAACGGAUAACUUAUGGUAGCACGCAAGAUUGUAUCGACUUGUAGGUACACUGUGCAAACUCUGACGCUGCCUGCAAUUCAGGCGUCCGUUUUCCUAUGGGCGGGGAACGUGAAGGGAGGGGAGGGGAGGGGACUAGUGAGCACCAGAAUUAGCUGAAGCAUGCGUGAGUUACAGGAAGAAGGUACGGAAUACCGUGGGGGCGGGAGACAGGUGAUAAAACUCCAUAUUUUUCUCUCCCGUUUACCCGCGAGCAGUGGUUUUUGCAGACCACUGCUCUCAGGGUAUCCCCCGUCCCUCACUUCAACUUUCGCUGUCCACGCACCGUGCCCUUAAUCUCUCAAGUUAGCUUUUACAGCGGUCAUUAAAUACUAAUUCAUAAUUUUGUCUUUUUCAAUCCAUGUACUACUCCAAAAAAGGCAGAUCACUCAAGUAUACUUUAGCUAGUGUAUGGUGUCUUCUAUAGUAGACCGGAGUUACUUAAUAGAAUAACUCAGCUAUGACCGAAGGCUUCCAAUUGGGAUACCAUAAACAGAAAAAAAAAGAAAGCAUGAAUACUCCCUAACAAUAUUGUAUCAUUGCAGAUCAAUGUCAUUAUCUUCGUGGUUCUGUUAAGAGUGAUAUUUACUAAGAUAUCAAUCAAGUAUCAUAGUAACCAUGUCCAGAAAGCCAAGUAAGUAAAAUAUAACAGCAUCUCAGGCAAGCUAUCUUCUUGGAACAAAGAAUGUAACUCUUUUAGUUUCAUUUUAGCCGGGAGAUUUCCCUUCGGUUCUCUAGUCGCCUUGAAGAUCAGUUUCCUAUUCAAUUUUAAAUCUUUUCGAUCUACUCAGUGAUAGGCAGAUUUUUUUAUGAGAGAUCCGCCCACUAAACUCACCGGUUCAUAGCGUGCUUUGCUGAUCCGUUUUUAAGGUUUGUUUCAUAAUACAGCUUUUGAUUUUGAAACCUGACAUGCCAAGAACCGGCUUAGAAGGUUGGCCCGACUUUCCUCGAUGAUUGCCAUUCUUAACAGUACAUAACCUGUUCGGAAUUCAAAAUCAUUUAAAGAGAGUUUCCCUUUGCCGGAAUAGCUAUUUCAAAUAAAAUUUUGACCUUUAUUUGUCCUUAACACUGGUAAAGAAAUGUCGUUGGUUUGUACUUUCAAAGGGUCACUUAAAAGAGAAUUGGUGUGACGUCUCCCUUAAAUCAUGCAUGGCUAUCUUUAGUAAAAACCCACAUAUAAGAACCCAGUGAUUUAAGAACCUGCAGGCUGAAAUUUGGCAGUUAAAUACCCAAAAAUAUAAGACCCUGUUCAGCCUGGGAAAGAAAAAUAGGUGCUUAUACAAAAGAAUCAGUCUAAUUUUGAUGGUCAAAAUUUUCUAUUUUAAUUGUAUGAGAAACUUUUCAGUGACAACACGUUAUUGUAUUGAAAUGUUUUGAUGUUCUUUUUGGACCUUGAUUGUUUGCCAUUAUGUAUUAGUAAUACAAUAUUUCUGCCAAUGUUUACACUAUGACAACCUCUGAAAAAUAAGAGCCUUUAAAGAACAUGGUCACGCUGAAUUGUGAAAAACUACCCUAAAAUAGAAGAACCUGUUCAGCCUGACCUCGAAAAGUCUAGGUUCUUAUAUGUGGAUUUUUACUGUAUGAGGAACGGGGAAUUUUUAAAACGGGGAAUCUUUGAAAUGGGAAAUCUUCAAAAGCAGGAAUCUAUAAAAUGAGGAAUUUUUUUGCGAAGGGGAAUUCGUUCUUCGUUCCUCAUUCCCCGUCUCGCUGAUUCCGCGUUCCUCGUUUUAAAGAGAGCCCAUAAUUCAUCGCGUUUUUUCUUCACAGAAGAGGAAUGAAGAGUGUUGCUGCCCUCCUUCCCUUACUGGGAGUCACGUGGCUGCUAGGGUUUGUCGCUGAAUUAAGCGAGAUCAUCCUGUAUCUGUUUAUCAUCUUAAACUCUUUACAGGUAAAAGGCUGGUAAUAAACAAAAAUGAGUGUUUAAAGGCAGAUACAAACACAACAUGACGUAGCGUAAAAUGACAAAUAAAAGGCAAAUAACUAAACUAGCCGUAUCGUCAUUACCCUAAUCCAGCAGGGCCGCAAGCUUCCUAGUCCAGCCGCUGCGAUCUUGCGCACACGCACUCAAAACUGUCUCGAAUAAUCUCCUUCAAUCAAACAAUCGCCUUAUUUUGGUGCAAAAAGUAAGAUAAUCGCCCCCCGGCUUUAUUCGAGGAAACACGGUACCAGCUGAAAUAUCAACAUCUUCAAUCCCACCUCGAAUCGCACGAUCACUUUUAAACGACUUCUUUAAAGCUCCUUAGUGUUUCGUGGGUAAUAAAAUUACAUUUACAAUACGCGGCGCGUGAUAUGUAACAGCAGGUACAGGCCAGGGCGCUUUAAGGGAAGGAUUCUUAUUUAUAAAAUCUUGGUACAAACAAAUACAAUAAAAGCGUCAGAACUGUGAGAGUGCGAGGGUAUGCCCUAAACAAAAUUUGGUAAACUUUUCUCGCAUAUCUUACUGUCGUGUUGUGUACUAUCUGUGACUAAAUAACAACCAUCAGUUUCUCUCUCAUUUUCUCUUCAGGGCCUUUUAUUUUGCAUCUUUCAUGGUUUGCUGGAUGACCAGGUAUUUCAGAAACAUUCAAGCUGCCGAAAUCUUAAAUUGUCAAAUUUUCAGUUUUAACUAUGGACCUUUUUUGGUUUGCGGAAACUUAUUUAGAACAUGACGGAGUUUGGGUUAUUACAGAAACAUUCAAGCUGCCCAAAUCUUAAAUUGUCAAAUUUCCAGUUUUAACUAUGGACCUUUUUUUGAUCUGAGGAAACUUAUUUAGAACAUGACGGAGUUUGGGUUAUUUGAAUAAUUUAGAAACGCCAGAAUUCGUUUUGUAUUCAGAUUCCUCAGUUCUAAGUUUAACCUCUUGUCAUUCUCGAGCACGCUUUACAAUGGGAUGCACAGACAGUGAAGCAAAUUAAAGGCAAAAGGACAAGAAAUGGCGUAAAAUGCGAUAGCUUUGGAACUUGGUCAGAUAUAUAUCCUUUAGAUAACGUUCUCAAUCUUUUUUUAGAUAAAGGAUAGUCUGGUCAAAUCCUUAAGGAGGACAAGAAUGAAGAUUUUGUUUCUAAGGGACAGAACCUCGACGACUGCAUCGACAGCCAGCAACCUCACAAUAAUAACUACAGGUAACUAGUGUUUUGAUAUCAUUAUGUUACAGCCGUAUCAUCAGGGGCUUUUGGUAUCUUCUCUUUUGCCGGGACAGCUAGCGUUCCUUGGGGUGGUAGAGGAAGAAAGCCUUUUUAAAAGGCUAUAUCGCUCCCCAGAGCUGAGAAUAACCAGGCAAUUCGAUCAUAAUUGUGUUUGUACGAGGGGAGCAAAGCGCUCGAAUUUCGGUUUUUGCAAAAGGUGUUUAAACUGAGACACCUGCAUGCGUCACUGCAUGGAAUGCCUUGAUUUCAGUUCAGACCCCUUUGCUUUCUUUUUUUUUGGUAAUUUUUACGCCUGUGGUGAUUCUUUUACGCCUCACAGAAAAAGAUUAAGAGAAAAUCAUGCUCUCUGCAAAAGGGCUUGCGGUUUUUCGUCUUUAUCGACUUAUCUGAGAGGACUAGUAAGAAUGUCUGACCAUAUGCAAAAGUGAAGCAAAAGCAGCAACUUCCCAGCUACUUUCUAUUCAGGGCCCUGCAGAGCAUUGAUUCUGCACGGGGUCUGAAACAAACCGGAGUCUACCGUUUUGAAGUCUGGUACCUUUUAAGGUAAAACAAUUGAGCUAAUGAGUUGAUCAUAUGUGCCGGAUUUUCUCCGAACAACGUUUUACUUAUUGCUUCGACACCAAUCCAAAGGUAACAGAAAGUUCCUUGCGCAGAUUAAAAAUUGCUUCUUUUUUACUGAACUCCAACCUACAAAGACUGGAGGGCUUUUACAAGUUCUUCCAACGGCUUCUUUUAUCUGAUUUAUACCCAGGACCCAUGAUUGACGAGAAACAGAUUACUGGACAGCACUUACCUAUGCAAGACGUAACUGCAGCCGGGCAUGAUGACAGCAAGUUGUAA